CACGAACCGAGGAUGCUUUCUACUACCUUUCCUCGACCAACAUCAUCCAUUUUACAUUCCCGUAAGCAACCGAAAUACGUUAUGCCGAUGGAACCGGCGUUACCAUUACGCCGAGGCUUUGUCAAAAGCUGUUUCUCUGUUGCCAGAGGGGUUGCGAUAGCAGCAGUAUGUUUGCUAGUCCUACGCAAUUUGCAGAUGCAACAGAAAAGUCUGCUGAUGCAACAAGAGACCUUCAGCCAUUCUUCGUCUUGGUUGGAAACCUCCUGGUGGGAUUGGGAACGAUCAAGACUUUCAGAACCCAAAGUCCCGAGGGCUGAUUCUUUGAUUCAUCGGCAGCUUCUCAAUCGCUCUGUGUCUUUCUUGACGGCCAAAUCCAUGUCCACUACGGUACAACCUGUCGGACAUUAUUCAGGAAUGUGGUGGAUGCCCCGGGACGCGUUCGUUAAUAAGCUUCAAGCAUAUCGUAUACAAAAUCUAGAAGGAGGUUCAUGGCAGGCCUUCGCCGCGGUGGGAAUGGACUCGGUUAUUUUGACCUUUGACUGGCUGGACUUUUGCGUCGAGCACUUGUCUCGCUAUUUCAAAAUGAUCAACUACAACAAGUUCAACCACGUCUUUGCCAAACUCGUGGACCUGCACAAAUCCUACAUGACUUCAGAGCUUGGGGAGGACGCUAGCGGUCGCUUUGACGUACAGGAUACGGGCACGGCCAUGCGAGAAACCAUUGCCCUGUUCCCACUGUACAUUCCCAGUGAACCGGUUUUGCUCACGGGUAUUUCCAGGCCUGAAUACAAUACCUCGCUUUUGUAUACAAUUCCCGCAGGUGCUGCCAGACGCAACGCACUGGACAUGUAUUCCAUGGCGGCCACUUUGUUGUCGUUGUGGCGCGUGGGUGUGGGACGAGUAGUGGUGGCGGGAAAUAUGGCCUGUGGUGAAGAUGACACUGACGUCAACAGCGUUUACCACGAAGCCCUGGAUCUUUUCUUGUCGAGCAUACCGUCCUCUGGACGUGACGCCAUGGAAAUCAACUACGUCUGCGCAGUCGACGAUUUCGACCGCCAGGAGGCCAAGAACACCUCCAAAUCGUUACUGAUGCCGCGCCUUGUUAUUGACAAACUUCAACGAGCCUUUCGUGGCAAUCUGACGACAACACAAAACCAUGCCUGGCUUGGAGACGACAGCAAUCGGUGGAAAUACGUGUAUUUUUCCGAGCCCGAUCUGAUUCUGCACACCCGGCCCCACGCAGUACGAGAACUCGGGGUGCAGCUCGAGCAAGGCAAACUCAUUGCCGCCCACCGCUUCCAGCCUAUAUCCCAUGCUGUGGAUUUUCCAAAUUAUCCUCGAUCACAGGACUUGAUACCGGCCGACGCGGACGACCCAGCCACAACCGCGUUUAUCAACCUAGAUCCAUCGGCCGGAGACUCGUGCUGCGAUGCUGGUAACUAUUGGCCGGGAAGAACCGAACACAAGAAGUGCAGCUACAUGUGGUUGUACUGUGGCUAUUUGGCAAACGACGCAGAUCCAGAUGUAAACCAAAGCGUAUCUUGGAAACGGCACGAACGACUGUGGCGACACUUUCCUUUGGUGAGUUUCACGAGCGGCUUUCGCUCUCCCAUGGUAAGCGAACAUGCACGCAUCUGCCGGCCGCAGCCGGCUUCGGCUGGAGGAUGCAUGCAUGCUUAAAGACUUUGUCUUGAUUGGACUAUCGAAUUCACUUUACUCGAGCUGGACUGUUAAUCUCCCACUUUUGCAUAAGCCUACCUAGCUUUUGUGUAUCUUUCU